AUGAAGUACUUUCCCGAACCUCUUGAUCAAGUUGCCCCUUCGUGUAUGUCCGGCCCUUCUAAUUUCCCCUAUACCCUACAACGUGUUGCCUUCAAGUUUCACAUGAAAACCAUCUCCUUGUUUGAUAUGUCUCAGAACAGUGAAUUUCAGGAGGAGCCGAUUGAUGAAAGUGUGACCGAGUUCUAUAGCGGUGAGUGGAAAAACGAUUCCCGCAGUGGGUUCGGUGUCUGUGAGCGGUCUGACGGAUUGCGAUACCAAGGCGAAUGGGCGAACAACACAAAAAACGGUUAUGGUGCGACAACGUUGAGGGAUGGGACUCGCGAAGAAGGCAAGUACAAAAAUAACGUACUGGUGGUGUCAAGUCGUCGAAAAGGUAUGUUGUUCGUACGAAGCAACAAACUCAAGGAACGGGUUGAGGCUGCUGUGGAAACGGCGAAUCGAGCGGCCAGCAUUGCUCAGCAAAAGGCGGAUAUAGCAGUUUCUCGUACGUCAACUGCCAAAGAACGAGCUGAACAAGCGAUGUUCGUCGCCAAGCAGGCUCGAGACGAUGCCGAGAUGGCCAGAAUAGAGGCCGAGCGCUUUGAUCCCAACUUCAAACCGCAGAGUAAGUCAAAUCCUGGCGGUGAAUCGUUCGGUACGGACAUUUCCGAUCCCCAUUCCUCCUAUUCGCGUCAAACGCACAGCAAACAUGCUUCCUUUGAACAGAAUCUUUCUGUCGAUAUUGUUGAUGCGUCAUAUUUGACACCAGUGGCACCAGCUCCACAAUCUCAGUUGGGCAUCCCCCAGUCUGGACAACUAUCCCCUCACAUGGGAAACCACAUCGGCUCACAGCAACAACAACAACAACCCUAUUUCUUUAUGAGCGUCUUCGUCCAAUUUAGCGAUGAUCAUUUUGAUCAGUACGUGAUGGCUGGUACGAGCGGGCAGCCGAGACUUCGCCGAAAUCGGCCUUCCCUGAUGCGACAAAGCGACGUAAAUGACGCCACUUCGAUGCUGAAUCGCCGUUCAACUUUGGCUUCCUCGCGUGAUCGCCGAGCUGCAGAACAAGUUGUUCAAGAUAUAAGUACAAGCGAAAACAUGGGUAGUCUGCCGAAUCUGGCUGAACUUGAAAGCAGCGGAGUUCGUCUCCGCCGAGAGGAUGCGGCUCGUUUGGCAUCACAACGUCGCCAGGAGAUGCUUCGUGAUCAGGAGGAUCAAGCUCUUCUCAGAGCGAAUCCGCUUCGAUACCUUUUUCAUCCUGCCUUCAAGGCGUGGCUGGUUCGCUGGAAGGUUCCGAUCUUUCUCGCAGCUGCAAACCUCACACUACUUUUUCUCUUCUACAAUCUGCUCACUUACGAUAGGAAACGUCGUUAG